AUGUUACUGUUGAAGAAUAUCACUAAUACAUAUUGUAUCAAUAUUUACUUUUUCGUGCUCUAUGGGGAUUCGAUUACUAAAAGAGGUAAUGAUUCUUUUCCAAUGAAGAAUACUGAAAUGAUAAUGUCAAAAGUUUCGUUUCAUAACAAGAUGACAAAUCUCAAUUCUCUCAACGUAACAUUGAAGACCGGUACAAAAAAGACUAGACAUCUUGAUAAGAAGAUAUAA